AUGGAGCAUUUAAAAAAUUUAAUCACAGGAGCAAUUUCUGGUGCUAUUGUUGAUGCUGUAUUAUUUCCUAUUGAUUAUAUAAAAACAAACAUACAAACAAAUAAUUCCUUUUCAAUUUAUGAUACCAGAAAAAUAUAUAAUGGUAUUCUACCAACUUUAAUAGGUACCGUUCCAGCUAGCGCUUUUUUUUAUUGUUUUUAUGAAUUAUCCAAAAAAGUAUUAACAGACUACAAUGCAAAUAUAAAUAAAAGUUAUUUAUAUUUAAUUUCAACCAGUAUAGCAGAAGUUACGGCAUGUAUCAUUAGGCUCCCCUUUGAAAUAUUAAAACAAAAUAUGCAAGUAUCAGGAAAUAUAUCUAUGUUGAAGGCAAUAUAUAAUAUAUCAAAUAAAAAUGAUUUGCCAAAAUAUUUAUUUAAUAGCUAUUUAAUUAUGGUAGCGAGAGAAAUUCCUUUUGAUUGUAUUCAAUAUUUUUUAUGGGAAUCAUUAAAAGAGAAAGGAAAAAAAGAUUUUAAAAAAUUAUCGGAUAAACACCCCACACUUAUGUCUGCUUUGUGUGGUGGAAUGGCAGGAGGGAUUGCUGGAUUUUUAACAACACCCGUUGAUGUAAUUAAAUCUAGACAAAUUAUAUAUGGAAAAUCAUAUAUAGAAACUAUUAAAGAUAUAUCAAAAGGAGGAUUUUUAUCAUUUUAUAAGGGUUGUUAUAUAAGAGCUAGUUAUUUAUGCUUUGGAGGUAUGAUAUUUUUUGGAUGUCUAAGAUUUUUCUCAUUUUAA